AAUGAAGCAGUUUAUAAAAGGCAAUUUUUUGUGAAAAGUACAGGAUCUGGAUUGCGAAAUUUUAAUUCUUAGCUUACGUUAGAGAAAUGAAAACUUCUGUUCCCUUUUUAUGCGUUGCAUUUUCUUCAAUGACUGCAAAUAGUUUUCUAACCGUGUCGCCAAAGUCCUGUCCACCAGAUAAAAUAUGGGAUGAAAAGAGACAAAUCUGCAAAAAUUGUGUGUCAGGUUACUUCGGUGUCAAUUGCUCUCGCACUUGUCGAUUCCCAAGUUUUGGAGAUGACUGCCAGCAACAAUGCUAUUGCACACCAAAGUAUUGCCAUCCGUCAAAAGGAUGUAUAUUUACCUAUGAAAAAGAUCUGGACAACAGGGUGACACAUACGUAUGUUUCCAACAUCCUCCUCGGAAUCAUUGUCCUUUUAUUGACAUUGCUUGUCGUUUUCCAAGCCCUUACUUUCAGAUUGAGAAUACUUUGUAGACGGCCCAUUCGUCAACGGGAUAGUAAAUCAGUUUCAAUUCGAUACCAUAGAUAUGAAGUACCACAACCCAUUCCUGAUGACUCAAUGUCAUACUUAGAUGCUGUAAGGCUCACAGACUCAGAGACCGAUAGAAACAAUGAAGUGAUCACUUCUUAGGUGUUGUCAAUGAAAAACUCUGAUAUUUCUAUUUUAUAUUGACUUCGAGGUACCUGUGUGUUUGUUAAAUUACUUUAGAUACUAUUUUGAAUCAUUUUAAAUAUUGCUAUAUGGCCGCCGCAAUGUUAAGGUCAACGCACCUUUUGGUUUUGAAUAUCUUUGGUGGCCCUCAAUAUAAUUCGAAUUUCUUUAUUAGACUUUUGAGAAUAAUUGCUGUUUGUUUUUUUCAAUUUUGUUUUUAAAUAAUGCUUUAUAUACUUUGUUCAUGUAUUUUGAAAUGCUAAAAUAAUCUAAAGUGCAAGUAAUUUUCCGGAAUAACGUGUUUAUAUCACU